CUUUCUCCUGCUCUUCGCGUUAUACUGCAGCCAAUUCCUGAAAUUCCAGCUUUCCCAACACUUCCAGUCACUCAGCAGAGAUUUACCCCCAAACACCUUCAGUUACCUCAGCUCUCUCUCUCUCUCUCUCUCUCUCACGCGGGUUCUUCCACCGUCUCCAGUUCUCACCAGUCAUCUCAUCUACCCAUCCUGCGCCUCCCACCACCCGUGUCUCCAGGGCGUUUUGCGCUCUCUCUCGCCAUCACCCUGUCGUCCGAUUGGGUAUCAGCGCCCUCUCCAGGGGGUGCUAGUGAAGAUCUGAGCGAGGAAUUGGACAAACCUCUGGAGAGCGAUGCCGAGGGCGUGUGGAGUCCAGACAUCGAGCAGAGCUUUCAGGAAGCGCUGGCCAUCUAUCCGCCCUGCGGCCGACGCAAGAUCAUCCUAUCAGAUGAGGGCAAGAUGUACGGAAGGAAUGAGUUAAUUGCACGUUACAUCAAGCUACGAACUGGAAAGACACGGACCAGAAAACAGGUGUCCAGUCACAUUCAGGUGCUGGCGCGUCGGAAGGCUCGUGAAAUCCAGGUGAAAUUCAAGGACCAGGCAGCCAAAGAUAAAGUCCUCCAGAGCAUGUCCAGCAUGUCUUCAGCUCAGAUCAUCUCAGCCACGGCCUUUCAGAAUAAGAUGUCCCUGCAGGGGCUCUCGCGGCCGGCGUACCACACGUCUGCUGGGUUUUGGCACGGAGCUCUCGCGGGACAACCCUCCGGCCCAGAAGACAUCAAGCCAUUUUCACAACCCAAUUUCCUCAUGCAGGCCUCCGGCCCUCCGCCUAUAACAGGUUAUGAGAGCUCUACAGGUCUGUCCAUGUCCUCCGGCGCGCCGCCCUGGCACGGUCGCAGCGUCUCCAGCUCUCAACUCCGCAUGCUGGAGUUCUCCGCCUUCCUGGAGCAUCCUCAGGACCCGGAGACUGUCAACAAACAUCUGUUCGUACACAUCGGUCAGACCAACCCCACAUACAGCGACCCGUUCUUAGAGGCUGUUGACAUCCGACAAAUCUACGACAAGUUCCCGGAGAAGAAAGGCGGGCUGAAGGAACUGUUUGAGAGAGGACCCACCAACGCUUUCUUCCUCGUCAAAUUCUGGGCUGACCUCAGCAUCAACCUUCAGGACGACAGCGGUUUCUUCUACGGCGUGUCGAGUCAGUACGAGAGCGCUGAAAAUAUGAUCAUCACCUCCUCCACUAAAGUCUGCUCGUUCGGGAAACAGGUGGUGGAAAAGGUCGAGACGGAGUACGCGCGCUUCGAGAAUGGCAGAUAUGUGUUCAGGAUCCAUCGCUCGCCGCUGUGCGAAUACAUGAUCAACUUCAUCCACAAACUCAAACAUCUGCCGGAGAAAUACAUGAUGAACAGCGUCCUCGAAAACUUCACCAUCCUGCAGGUUGUAACCAACAGAGACACAUUAGAAACGUUACUAUGCAUCGCUUACGUGUUUGAAGUCUCGACCAGUGAACAUGGAGCUCAACAUCACAUCUACAGACUGGUGAAAGACUAAGAUCAGACCCUUCUGUGUGGUCAUAUAUUCAACACAACAGCGCCCCCCUCUGGCUGUCUGUCUGCGGGUCUUCAGUGGUCAGAGACCGUGCGGGACAGACGCAGUACUGGUCAGAGACACGAGGAGACACGUCCGCGCUACUGGAAUGUUCUGGAAUCACAACACACGAAUGUUGAAUUUAUGUUUUGUAUAAUGCAAACUUUAUUAGUGGGAUGAUGCAUGAAAACAUUUUUUUCCAUUUCAGUUCAUUUUAGCCCAAAGUGUUUGAAGAAAAUCUGACUGUAACAGACUCUGUUCUGGUGACUGAAGAUGAAGUUUAAGCAGCAGACUCGAGCACUGGAUGUUUCGUGAUGUUUUUCCCAUAUAGAUUUACCACAUUGUAUUUAUCAGCGUAUUCUUGAAUGUUGAAAAACGUAAUCCACUCGAUUUAAAACUGUCUAACCUGCAACGAGCUUGUGAUGACUUACUGGAAAUACUCCACGAUAGUGGAUAUAAAACUGUGAUCUUUAGAUCUUUUAAGAUCCCUUAAAAACUCAACAUGUCAGAUAACAGUUUGAUAUAUGGAAUAAAAUGUGUGUGUGUUGUACAUUA